AUGCGCCAGGUCGACCUGGCGCGGUGGUGCUUUACCCGUUUCGGGAUCCGUCCCGAUCGUUCGACUAUUGGGCGCGUUCUGAAAGGAGCCGACCAUUGGACCGCCGUCUCCCCCAGCAACAACACCGUCCGCGUGCGUGGCGGCGCAUACCCUCAGCUGGAGCAGGCGAUGCCUUUCACACACUUUAUUGGGCAGCUCAACGCCGCCAUGGUGGCGAGGACCGCCAGGUCGUCAUACUCUUGGACAAUGCGAGCAGCCACGUCAUCAGGAGCAACGCCGCCACAUCGGAAGACCUUUUUCGGCUUCCGCACUUGGGGCAUCGGCAACAUCAGGCUUCUCUUUCUGCCGCCCAACACGAUUGCCUUCACGCAGCCGCUCGACCAGGGGCUGAUCGCAACAACUAAGGCACGCUACUGCGUGCACUGGCUUCGUGCAGCCACGGCCAGUUGGCAAGAUGCGGGCGCCACGCCCGUGAUGGCACGAUACCGCCCGAACAUGCGCGACAUCAUCGCCUGGCUCUCGAACGCUUGGAUGAACAUCCUCGUGCGCACGAUCCAGCGUUGCUGGUGGCACACGGGGUGCAUGCCGCGCUCGUGGGCCAUGCACCUGGCGCAUGUUGGCCUGGACGGCGGCAAUGGCGUGAAUGCCGCUCUCCCCAUCGACCUCGACGAGGACAUCGGGGAUGAGGCACCCUCCACCGACCCAGAGAGCAGUGAGGCGCGGCGUUAUGCACGAGCGGCGAGCGAGAUGCUCAUUAGCUACGCACGUGCCACCGGCAUCACGCCGCGCAACCUUAGCGCGCUUUUCGAGAUCAAGAACCCUAUCAUCGUCGACCACAUGGAGCGCGCCAGCUCCGCGCUGAACCUAAACACGACGCCGCCGCUCGCUCCCCAACCUGCCUAG